UCCCCAUUGAAACCCAGCAACCUCAAUAGGAAUUAAAAUAAUAUUUAUGUGAAGAAUGAGAUUCUAACUCAUGCCUUCUCGGACCAGUACCUGAAACUGGCGCAUUACACCAAUUCGGCGAUAUUGACAUUUAAUGAGCCAAUUAUUACGUUAUAUUAUAUAUAACGUAAAAUUAUAGUUUUGCUGCUAGUAAGCAAUGUAAUCUCACAAGAUCAAACAACCUCCCUAGGUUCAUACUCAGAAAUGCGUUCUGUUUUGAAUAAACAAUUUCAUACUCAUAUCUCUUACUCUUCUUGUAAAUGUAUCUCAACUCUCGCGGCCAUUGAAGCCCCAUCUAUAUACAGCGUAGAAAAUGAUGAAACAAGUCCAACUUUUUCUAGUACUUCUAACUUUGUCAUUGAUUACAGAAGAUCGAGAAACUAUACAAUUAAAAGCACGAAAAUUUUACAUGCCCAUUUACUCAAAACGUCAAAACUUCAAACCGAUAUCUUUGUUGCAAAUAAUUUGCUUGAUAGGUACUGCAAAUGGGGUUCAAUGGAAGAAGCUGUCAAGUUGUUUGAUAAAAUGCCUGAACCAACCGUAACUUCAUGGAAUACUCUGAUUUCUGGCUUUAAUUACAAGAAGUUGUUUGAGAGUUCUUGUUUAUGGUUUAGCAAAAUGUGGAUUUCCGGUUUUGAACCUGAUGAGAUUAGUUAUAGAAAUGUGCUUGCGGCUUGUGUUGCUAUGCAAAGUAUUAGUUUUGGCAAGCAGGUUUAUUCAGUUACGAUGAAAAAUGGGCUUAAUUCGAAUGGGUAUGUUCGUACUGGAAUGAUUGACUUGUUUGCAAAAUGUUGUGCCUUUUGGGAUGCUUUGAGGGUGUUUUAUGACGUUUCAAGUUGUGAGAAUGUGGUCUGUUGGAAUGGUAUUAUAUCUGUAGCUGUUAGGAACGAAGAAAAUUGGAUUGCUUUGGAUCUUUUUGUUCAAAUGGGAAAGCAGUUUUUGAUGCCUAACAGUUUUACCUUCUCAAGUGUUUUGACUGCUUGUGCUGCACUCAAAGAGCUUGAGAUUGGAAAAGAAGUUCAGGGGUGGAUAAUUAAAUGUGGUGCAGUAGAUGUCUUUGUGGGAACUGCCUUGAUCGAUUUCUAUGUCAAGAGUGGAGACAUGGAUGAAGCUGUGAAUGUAUUUUCAUGGAUGCCUACGCGAAAUGUUGUUUCUUGGACUGCUAUAAUUUCUGGAUUUGUGCAGAAGGAUGAUUAUAUCAAUGCGCUCAAGUUUUUUAAAGAAAUGAGAUAUAUGAACUUGGAAGUAAACAACUACACUGCUACUGCUGUGAUUUCUGCUUGUGCUAAACUAAACAUGAUUGAAGAGGCAACACAAAUCCAUUCAUGGAUUAUAAAGAGUGGAUUUUGUAUGGAUUCGGUAAUACAAGUUGCUGUGGUAAAUAUGUACUCAAAAAUAGGAGUCAUUGGUAUGGCUGAAAUAGUGUUCAAAGAGAUGGAAGGCAUAAGGAGUUCCGCAGAUACAUUAGCUGUGUUGAUUUCUUCUUUUGCUCAGAAACAGAGUUCUCAAUAUGUAAUUGAAUUGUUAAGGAGAAUGUUAAAAGAGGGUGUGAGACCGGAUAGGUUUUGUAUGUCUAGUGUCUUUAGUGUGAUAGAAUGUCUAAAACUAGGGAGGCAGAUGCACUGUUACACUCUUAAAACUGGGUUGAUCUUUGAUCUUUCCGUUGAGACUUCUCUUUUCACAAUGUACUCCAAAUGCGGUAGUUUAGAAGAAUCAUUAAAAGUAUUUCAGAGUAUGCCUGUCCACGACAAUAUUUCAUGGGCUUCAAUGAUUGCUGGGUUUACGGAACAUGGCUAUGCGGAACGUGCUGUUCAAAUGUUCAAAGACAUGCAGUCUGAAGACAAACCUGAUCAAAUGACUCUAAGUGCAACUCUUUCUGCAUGCUCUUCUCUUUCUUGUCUGCGUAAAGGCAAAGAAAUUCAUGGCUAUGCAAUCCGUGCAGGUCUUGGCAAUGAAGCAGUUAUUUGUAGCACACUUAUAACUGUAUACUCAAAAUGCAAAGCACUACAAUUAGCAAGAAAGGUAUUUGACAUGCUUGUCCAAAAAGAUCUUGUAUCAUAUUCAUCCUUGAUUUCUGGGUAUGCUCAAAGUGGUUUAGUUCAAGAGGCACUGUCGCUUUUUUGUGCAAUGAUGAACUCUAAUUUGGCCAUAAACUCUUACACACUUUCAUCCAUCCUUAGGGCUUGUGCACUUCCAAACAAAUCAGGCAUUGGGAAUCAACUGCAUGCACUUGUCAUAAAAGUGGGCUUAGAUUCAGAAGUUUCUGUUGGAAGUUCACUUGUUAUGAUGUAUUCUGAAUGUGGGAGCAUUAAAGAUUGUGAGACUGCAUUCAACGAGAUAGAUAAACCUGAUUUGGUAGGUUGGACAGCUAUGAUCUCAAGCUACGCUCAGCAUGGAAAAGGUUUAGGGGCCCUAAGAAUCUAUGAGGUCAUGAAGAAACAAGGAAUCAACCCUGACCCUAUAACUUUCGUUAAGGUUUUAUCUGCCUGUAGUCAUAGUGGGCUGAUUGAAGAAGGUCACUACCAUCUCAACUCAAUGGCCAAAGACUAUGGGAUUCAACCUAAUUGUCGUCACUAUGCCUCCAUGGUUGAUAUUCUUGGUCGGUCUGGGAAAUUGAAAGAAGCUGAAAAGUUUAUAAACAACAUGCCUAUUGAGCCUGAUGCCUUCAUUUGGGGAACACUACUGGCUGCAUGUAAAGUACAUGGAGAUGUUGAACUUGGAAGGCUCGCAGCCAAAAAGGUUAUUGAGUUAGAACCAAGUGCUGCAGGAGCUUAUGUUUCCUUAUCUAAUAUCUGUGCUGACAUGGGUGAGUGGGAAGGAGCCCUAGAGAUCAGAAGCCUGAUGGAGGGAAGCGGGGCGAGGAAGGAACCUGGUUGGAGUUCUAUGUGAAUUAUCUGACUUCAGUAUUCAUUGUUCUUCAGCUAGUUGCUUGGAAAUCUGUACCCAAAGAUGCACAUCAAUUUCUGAAAGGGGGGUAAAAUUUGUGAAAAUAUUCAGGCCCUAUAGUGAAAUUUGAUGUGGCAGAUUGCACUUUUUCAUCCUGAUAAUGACAUGUUAAAGACGAUAGCUCUUGAUUCUAACCA